CUCCACUUUUUGACAACUGUUGCAUCGGCAAUACAUAUCUAUUCCCAAUUUUAACAUGAUUCCUCGGUCAGCGCGUCUAAGGCUUCCAUCGUCUUCCCUCUCCGCCCAUGCCAGACGGCGGCUCUACACCCCCGUCCGUCCCCCUCUCAAACUCGCAAUUAUUGGCGCUGGCCCCUCAGGUUUCUAUACCGCCUCUCGUAUCCUCUCUUUGAUUCCCCCUACAUCCCCAGAAGGUCAAAAACUUGAGGUUCAUAUGUAUGAAAGGCUUCCGACGCCUUAUGGGCUGGUAAGAUAUGGUGUCGCUCCAGACCAUCCAGAGGUCAAGAAUUGCCAACACAAAUUCGAUGAGCUGGCCCAUGAUUCUAGAUUCAAAUAUUUUGGAAACACCCUCUUUACAUCUCAUCCUUCUUCGACUUUUUCACCUUCGCCAACCGAAAAAGCACCAUCAUACACUUACCCUCAUGCCCUCCGCUUGUCAUUUAGCGACAUCAUGCCGUAUUAUUCUACCCUCAUUCUGACCUACGGUGCCUCACUUUCAAAUCCUCUCAAUGCUGUCCCGGGGAGUAGCUCCAACAGCGACCCAUUGACAGGUGUUUACCCAGCCUUGGCCCUCGUAAGCUGGUACAACUCCCAUCCAGCUUACGCUGACUUACCGGUCAACUUGGAAAAAGUCAAGCAAGUCAGUGUUGUCGGGCAGGGGAACGUUGCAUUGGACGUAGCGAGAAUGUUGCUCAAGCCUGUAUCUUCUUUGGCAGAGACUGAUUUGUCUGAAGAGGUACUCGACGUUCUUUCGGAAUCUAGUGUCGAGAAAGUGCGGGUGGUGGGGAGGCGAGGUCCAGGCCAAGUAGCUUUCACAACGAAAGAGUUUAGGGAAAUGCUCUCUAUCCCCGAUGUUGGGUACGCAGGUAUCGACCCUGCUUUAAUGGAAUACGCAAAGGAGAAUAUUGAAAAGGGUAACGGAGAGAGAAUGAAGAAGAGGUUAUUACAGUUGAUGGACAAGACGAAGCAACAAGAUGGUAGAAAGAUAUUUGAGCUCGAUUUCCUCAAGGGUCCUAAAUCUUUCCUCCCCUCUACAGAGAACGCAAGUCAAGUAGGCGAGGUGGAAUGGAAUCUUAACCAAUUAGAAACGAGACCCGCAACCGAGUCCCAGCCAGCGAGUAUAGUCGCAAAAUCAACAGGCGAGACUAUCAGGACCCCAGCAGACAUGGUGGUCGAGUCUGUAGGGUACAGAUCCGAGCCUCUUACUGGACCUGGACAUGAGUGGGAUCUACCGUUUGACAUUGCUCGGGGUAGAGUGAGCAAUCUUAAUGGGCGUGUGAUCGCAGAAGAAGGUGGUUUCGUACCUGGAGUAUACGCUGCUGGCUGGGCCGCCCGCGGUCCUGUCGGUGUCAUCGCCACCACUAUGAACGAUGCCUACGCUCUCGCUUCCACUAUCCUUGACGAUAUAUACGCACCCACCACAUCUUCCCCCGCUGCUUGCAUGCUCAACUCUCGGCCUUAUGCUGGUAUCCCCGAAAAAGUCCAGAACGCGGCCAUGGAAGGAAAGAUUGUGGUUGAUUUGGAAGGAUGGGCGAAGAUUGAUAAGGCUGAGGUUGAGAGGGCCAAGCGGAUGGGGAGUGGGAAGGAAAGAGAAAAGUUUAGGAGGGUUGAAGAUAUGUUGGCGGUUUUGCAGUAGAUUUGCCUAAAUUGAGCAUAAUAGAUGCAACAAACUCA